GCAGAGGACCCACCACAGACUUAGGAGCUCAGAGCACAUCUGUGCCCUCACUGCUGGGGAGUCAGGAGAAAACACCAGAGUCCUGACAUGAGAUCCACACUUCCAUUUCUCUUCCACUCAUUCAGCAGACAGGUCCUGCUGCAUGGUGGGGCCUGUCUCCACCCCCGGAGAGAAGGAGAGAAGGGGGGUCUGAGCCCAAGGAAGUGCAACCACCGGAGGGCCCUCCCACCCCUGAAGCCAAAGCAGGAAGGAGGUGGGGCGUCUGUGGAGGCACCCGGGAAGUCUCAGAUCCCCAGGCUUUCCUAAAGCAAAGCUGGGGAGAAGAAUGGAGCCCUGGCGUCACCACCCAAGCUCUUGGAGGCAAGAAGAGAAGUCAUCUGUUGCUGGGCUCUCCCAAUCCCUCGCAGACGCGUGAAUGCAGCCUGUUCUCAACCUUACCCGCAACCUAGAAACCCAAUGGGGUGGAUAAGUCCAAAAACCUUCUUCUUCCAAUUCCCAAGCCUGUGCUACGCUUCGGGGCGGAAGUUCUGCUACCUGUGCUUCCAAGUGGGAAGAGGGGGGCACCCCCCGAGUGACUGGGGGGUCUUUCGAAACAAGGUCUAUCGUUGGGCUCCCUACCAUGCAGAAUCCUGCUUCCUCUCUUGGUUCCGUGCCCAGAACCUGUCCCCUGAUGAGGAUUACCAUGUCACCUGGUUCUCAUCCUGGAGCCCCUGCCACACCUGUGCAGAUGAGGUGGUCGAGUUCCUGGGCCAGUACAGGCACGUGACCCUGAGCAUCUUCGCCGCCCGUCUCUACUACUUCUGGGACCCACCCUUCCAGAACGGGCUUCGCCGGCUACAGUCUGCAGGGGUCCGGCUGGACAUCAUGUCCUUUGCAGAUUAUAAACGCUGUUGGGAAAACUUUGUGGACCACAAGGGGAUGCGCUUCCAGAGUCGGAAUCUAUUAAGACAUAGGGAUUUGCUGGCCUCAAGGCUUGAGAAUAUUCUUAGAACCACGAUGAACCCACUACCAAAAGAAGUAUUCUACCAUCAGUUCGGCAACCAGAAGCGGGCCCCAAGGCCCUACCACCGGAGAAAGACCUACUUGUGCUACCGGCUGAGGCCCCAGGACGGCCCCGUAACUGCCAGAGUCUGCCUUCAGAACAAGAAAAAGCGCCAUGCAGAAAUUCGCUUUAUUGACAAGAUCAGGUCACUACAACUGGACUCAUCCCAGACAUUCGGAUCCCAGAUAUUCGAAAUCACCUGCUAUGUCACAUGGAGCCCCUGCUUCACCUGUGCGGAGGAACUGGUGGCGUUUGUCAGAGACCACCCCCGCAUCAGACUGCGGCUCUUUGCCUCCCGCCUGUAUUUCCACUGGCUGGGGAAGUAUCAGGAGGGGCUGAGACUAUUGCACGCGUCCGGGAUCCCAGUAACCAUCAUGAACAUCCCGGAGUUUGAGAACUGCUGGUGGGAGUUUGUGGACAACCGGGGUGAACCUUUUCAGCCCUGGAACAAGCUGGAAACGUCCAGUGAAAACAUAAACCGUCGGCUCCAGAAGAUCCUCGAGCAGCCCCGGAAUGAUUUAGAAAAUGACUUCAGAAAUUUGCAACUUCGAUGACCCUCAACCCCUUCCCCCGUUCCUGGAGCCCCUCAAUGCUUCAUGAACGGAUGACUUUUAGAAGCAACGUGUGACUUCCACAGUCACACCUGAGCCUCCCCGGAGUCCAGAAAACCUUCCUCCUUCGUUCUUUUGUUUCCUCUUUUUUUUUUUUUUAUAAGUAGGUAUAUAUUUUUAUAACUAAAAAAAAUAAAAAUAAUUUUUAAGUCUGUAAAA